CCAUGGUAUAUAUAAACAAUAGGCAUUUCCUCUGCAUCCUCAUCACCUUUCGUCUCUUGCUUGUUAUCACAUUAUGCAGUCAACUCGGAUUGAAAGCUUUUCUUCCAGUCUGAAUGAGUCCGCGCAUCUCGUCGUGCGUGACAUUCAGUCCACCACGAUCGCACCCUCUCAGAGCUUUGCUCAUCAUUUACCAAGUGAUGAUGAACUGUACGCCAGCAAUCUCGACGCUUUGGGUUUUCACAAACAGGUCCCUGGCUUCCAGUUCGCUCACCCUGAUUCCGCGCAAUAUGAUUUGGAAGAGGAUGCCAACAACAUUAAUGCCAAUAUGCACUAUGUGCCUCAAAAUCUGCUAUAUGCACCACGGCCAAUCCCCGCUCACGUCAAUACGGAUACCAUACUUGCACGCGAUGAUGCCACUCGAAUCCCUCAAGUCCGACCGACUUUCGUCCAUACCCAAACUUCAACCGGAUCAAACGGGCCAGCACUGCGAGCCACUCUCCCUGCGCCAUUUACCUACUGCAUACCGAGAGAAUUUCUCGAGGCAGAAAGUAUCAUACCGAUGAUGAUCUACGAAAAGCUAGACGAGCACCAUGACAUGCCACUGCGUCUGCCGCCUUUCUUCAACGUGCCCGAUGCUCGACAAUACGCGCAAUUAAUCAGCAACUUCUGUCAGCACAAGGACGCUGUCACCCGCCGAUACUACUCCAAAGCCCCUCGAGACCCAUGUUUUCACAAUGGCCUGCGACGCCCAAGGAUCUAUCCCAUCAAGCUCUUGAACCAGCUUCCCAACCACCUUGAAAGAUACAAGGACGCGUUCCCGGAGCCACUUCCUAUGGUCAUAAUCCGAAACAGCGAGGUCAUAUGUAUGAACCCACCACGUUGGGAUAAUAUGUAUGGCGUAAUCAUCCAUGUCCUCCAUACGGAACAUCCAUCAAACUCCGAGAAUUUAGAAAACCCUGAAGACACUCUAUGGUCCAUGGCUCUUAAGCGCGGCGUUUCAGCCUCAUACAAGCCACUUUCAGGAGGCCAACCGAGUGUGGUCACAUCUCCUGUUCAAUUCGGUAAUAUGAUAUAUUCUGCCGAAGAAUUGACAUAUUUUAAUCUCGCUGUCAACGUAUUCAUGGAAGUUCCGACGUUCCCAGGGUCCGGGCUGAAGGAACCUGCAGCAGCGUAUAAAGGUGCAUUUAUACUUAACGUCAUUGAUUACCCUAUGGACCCAGCAUAUUGGACCGAACUUUCUGAGGACCGGAAGAUGGACGUAUACUGGGGCGCACCUCAGCUGUUCGGUGGCCUUCCUACUUUGUGUCCAAACUUUCCGGCUGUCAAUCUGCACUUCCAGAAUUGGGAUACAAAUCUGCUUGGCGUCCUGGACGAUCUCAAGUUUGGAACGGUCGACGACAGUAUUGAUGUGGCCAGUGCGAGGAAUGGGAACUAAGUUCGACUAGCCGAGUGAUUCUCUGUGAUACCUGUUAACGGCAUUUCACGGUCGUCACAAAUCUAAUCGCGUUAACGUUGCUCGUGGUCGUGGUUUGACUAUCAUUAUUGCGCAUAUUUAUUUGCUGUUCCAAAUACUGUUAUCCGGGACUCUAUGGUAUAAAUACAAUC